CGCGCACUUCCCUUUGCCUCUGAAGCUCAACCACUCUACGCACUUGAACAACGUUCGACACACAACUGUUAGCUUCGGUUGGCGCUAGUACCUCGGCGCAAUUAUGCAUCUAUUGCAGCUCCAGGACGACAGCAGCUUUCGGCUUGUAUAUCGAGUCAAUCAACAGAUUCCACCUUAUGCGAUCCUUUCACACACCUGGGGAGCGAAUCAAGACGAAGUUACCUUCCAGGACUUGACCAACGGAACAGGUACAACGAAGGCCGGCUUUCGCAAAAUCAACUUCUGUGCCAAGCAAGCUGCUCUCAACGGCUUGAAGUUCUUUUGGAUUGACACAUGUUGUAUUGACAAGUCCAGCAGCACGGAGCUUCUGGAGGCUAUCAACAGCAUGUUUCGCUGGUACCAAGAAUCGGCGAAGUGCUUCGUAUACCUUGACGAUGUGUCGUCCGAUAGCUUGGCCAAAGAUGGGCAAUCGUUCCAAAAGAGCAGGUGGUUCACCAGGGGAUGGACACUUCAGGAGCUCCUUGCUCCAAAAUGCAUCGAAUUCUUUUCGAGAGAAGGCUACCAGCUUGGUAGCAGGUCAUCCCGUGUUCAGGAAAUUGCCGACAUCACUCGGAUAUCUAUCAAAGCUCUCGAGGGAAAAGCUUUGUCGCACUUCAGUGUCGACGAACGGAUGUCAUGGACGAAUGGACGAAACACAACGCGUGUAGAAGAUAUGGCCUAUUCCCUGCUGGGCAUUUUUGACAUUCAGAUGUCACUAUUCUACGGGGAAGGCAGGGAAAAGGCAUUCAGGCGACUGCACAAAGAGAUUAAAAAUUCUCAAGAGGGUGGCGAAGUAGGAGACGUUGCCCUUCGGUCUGACUACUUCGAAUUCGUCUCGCAAGUCCCCACAAUGCUGCACGAGACGAACGACCAAUUCAGCCUUCUCAUGGGCGACUCAACCAAAGACGGCCCCCCAGACUUGAUUGCGGUAAAGAGGACGGGUACCCGGGAUGAAAACAUCGAAAUCGACGUCCUAUAUGGAUCUUCCGACUAUCAAAGAUUCAUUCUCCGAAUAGCCACACCAGACUUCACGCCCUUGCGGAAAAACUGGACUGAGCAGCUGGAUUUCACGCUCACAGACUGGAACGGCGACGGCACACUGGAUCUCGUCGUGAUCAAGAAAUCGUACACCAGCUCAAACGGCACUGAAGUCCACAUCUUCUCCGGAGCCUCCAAGUUCCAAGACAUACUGUUGCAGGUCGGCACUAAGCUCGAAGAAACGGACGAAACAUGGUCAUUUGGCAUGGGAAGAUGGGGCUCUGGCAAUAAGCCGGACUUAUUCGCGAUCAAAAGAUGCGACACCGGGACCAAGACCACUGAAGUGCACGUUCUAUGCGGCGAUGAUCACUUCCAGAACUUCAUCCUGCAGACCGGCACCGGCUUGCACGAAACCGACUCCAAGUUUGACUUUAUAGUCACCGACUGGAACGGCGACGGACGGCCAGACUUGGUGGUAGUGAAGAAGAGCAGGACGAGUGGGAAAUGCACCGAGGUGCAUGUGCUAUCAGGAGCGUCAAGGUAUAAAAACUUCAUCCUGCGCUCAGAGACGCCGCUGUUCAGGAGCAAUGGCUUGUACGAGUUUGCGGUGGCGGACUGGACUGGUAAUAAAAAGCCAGAUCUGAUUGCGUUCAAGAAGAGAGAUACAGGGAGUGACACCACGGAAAUUCACAUCAUGAGUCAACAGGGCUGACAAUGAUGGUACUGUAUUUCUCAUCCGAACCAUAGCAUGCAUAUGUGCUCGAUCAAUAUCAGCCCGUGAUAGUGACGUAAUGAUCUACCUGUAAACUGGGUAUUGCAGGACUAGUGUCUUUCAUCUAUUGCGUUUACUUCUGUACAGUAACUUCGCUACUUAGCAAAAAAUGCGAAUUGCAAAC